AUGGAUGUGGACUCGUCGUCGAUGGUGCCGGAGACCGAUCACGAUCCAGCCGUGCCGAACCACAGCACGACGUCGUCUCAGGCCGCAGUUGAAGGGGAACAACAGCUAGGUGAGCAGUCGCAACCUGGAACUGGAUCUCCAGCGCAGCAGCCUCAGCAGGCGGCGGCGGCGGCGGCUCCACAGGCGCAGCAGACUCCAGUGGCCGGGCCGCGGCAUGCCCCGACGUACUCGGUGGUCAAUGCAAUCUUAGAGAAGAAAGAGGACGGCCCAGGGCCAAGGUGUGGCCAUACGUUGACUGCGGUGGCCGCCGUGGGCGAGGAGGGCACCCCUGGGUGCAUUGGCCCCAGGCUGAUUUUGUUUGGUGGUGCCACCGCUCUUGAGGGCAAUUCGGCGGCUUCCGGGACUCCAUCUUCAGCUGGAAGUGCGGGCAUAAGACUAGCUGGUGCCACAGCCGAUGUGCAUUGUUAUGACGUGCUAACAAAUAAAUGGUCUAGGAUCACGCCCUUUGGAGAACCACCCACCCCAAGAGCUGCACAUGUAGCAACUGCUGUUGGAACUAUGGUUGUUAUUCAGGGUGGAAUUGGUCCUGCUGGCUUGUCUGCUGAGGAUCUUCAUGUUCUUGACCUCACGCAGCAACGGCCUCGAUGGCACAGGGUUGUUGUUCAAGGCCCUGGACCAGGGCCACGCUAUGGACAUGUGAUGGCAUUAGUGGGGCAAAGAUAUCUCAUGGCAAUUGGUGGGAAUGAUGGAAAGCGGCCUUUAGCAGAUGUUUGGGCCCUUGACACAGCUGCCAAGCCUUAUGAAUGGCGUAAGUUGGAACCGGAGGGGGAGGGUCCACCACCAUGCAUGUAUGCAACUGCUAGUGCAAGGUCUGAUGGUCUUCUCCUCCUUUGCGGAGGGAGGGAUGCAAACAGUGUGCCAUUGGCAAGUGCAUAUGGCCUUGCCAAACAUAGGGAUGGCCGUUGGGAAUGGGCAAUUGCUCCUGGUGUCUCACCCUCUCCCAGAUAUCAACAUGCAGCAGUCUUUGUUAAUGCACGGCUGCAUGUUUCCGGAGGGGCUCUUGGUGGUGGCCGAAUGGUUGAAGAUUCAUCAAGCGUUGCAGUGUUGGAUACUGCAGCUGGAGUUUGGUGCGAUACAAAAUCAGUUGUUACUAGUCCAAGGACAGGUAGAUACAGUGCUGAUGCAGCUGGUGGAGAUGCUGCAGUUGAGUUGACAAGGCGUUGCAGGCAUGCUGCUGCAGCGGUUGGUGAUUUGAUCUUUAUAUAUGGUGGUCUACGUGGCGGGGUGUUGCUUGAUGACCUACUUGUGGCGGAAGAUUUGGCUGCUGCUGAAACAACAUCUGCAGCUUCGCAUGCUGCAGCUGCAGCUGCUCAAUCUGUACAAGGUCGUUUGCCUGGAAGGUAUGGGUUUAUUGAUGACAGAACGAGGCAGACAAUGCCUGAAGCAACCCCUGAUGGUGCUGUUGUGCUGGGAAAUCCAGUUGCCCCCCCUGUAAAUGGUGACAUGUAUACUGAUAUAAGCACUGAGAAUGCCUUGCUCCAAGGAUCCCGGAGAAUGAGCAAAGGUGUAGAGUAUUUGGUUGAAGCAUCAGCAGCAGAAGCUGAGGCAAUCAGUGCCACCUUGGCUGCUGCCAAGGCACGGCAGGUUAAUGGAGAAGUUGAACUACCCGAUAGAGAUCGUGGUUCAGAGGCUACCCCGAGUGGGAAGCAGAUAUCUACCUUGAUCAAGCCUGAUUCUGCUGGAUCAAAUAACAUUCCUUCAGCUGGAGUGCGACUGCAUCAUAGAGCUGUUGUUGUAGCUGCAGAGACUGGUGGAGCUUUAGGUGGCAUGGUGAGGCAGCUCUCAAUUGAUCAAUUUGAAAAUGAAGGCAGACGGGUUAGCUAUGGGACUCCAGAGAGUGCAACUGCAGCAAGGAAAUUGUUAGAUAGGCAGAUGUCCAUUAAUAGUGUUCCCAAAAAGGUAAUAGCACAUCUUUUAAAGCCUCGUGGGUGGAAGCCUCCAGUUCGCAGGCAAUUUUUCUUAGAUUGCAAUGAAAUAGCAGAUCUUUGUGACAGUGCUGAGAGGAUAUUCUCCAGUGAACCAAGCGUCUUACAGCUUAGGGCUCCUAUCAAGAUAUUUGGUGAUUUACAUGGGCAAUUUGGUGAUCUCAUGCGCCUUUUUGAUGAGUAUGGUUCACCUUCCACUGCUGGGGAUAUUGCAUAUAUCGACUAUCUCUUCUUAGGAGAUUAUGUUGACCGAGGCCAACAUAGCUUGGAAACCAUUACACUUCUGCUAGCUUUGAAGGUUGAGUAUGCCCAUAAUGUACAUUUAAUUCGUGGCAACCAUGAAGCUGCAGAUAUUAAUGCUCUUUUUGGCUUCCGGAUCGAAUGUAUCGAGCGGAUGGGUGAGAGAGAUGGAAUUUGGGCAUGGCAUCGUAUAAAUCGUUUGUUUAAUUGGCUUCCACUAGCAGCUCUCAUCGAAAAGAAAAUUAUUUGUAUGCAUGGUGGUAUUGGUCGGUCUAUAAAUCAUGUGGAACAGAUUGAAAAUCUCCAGCGUCCUAUUACAAUGGAAGCUGGCUCAAUCGUGCUUAUGGAUCUAUUAUGGUCUGACCCAACAGAAAAUGACAGUGUAGAAGGCUUGCGACCAAAUGCAAGGGGUCCGGGUUUGGUUACUUUUGGGCCUGAUCGUGUCAUGGAGUUCUGCAAUAACAAUGAUCUUCAGUUGAUUGUACGUGCACAUGAAUGUGUAAUGGAUGGCUUUGAGCGUUUUGCCCAGGGACAUUUGAUUACUCUAUUCUCUGCUACCAACUACUGUGGUACGGCCAAUAAUGCAGGGGCAAUCCUAGUUCUGGGUAGGGAUCUUGUGGUCGUUCCAAAGCUCAUUCAUCCUUUACCACCAGCAAUUUCAUCACCAGAAACAUCACCGGAACGCCAUAUUGAAGAUACAUGGAUGCAGGAGCUGAAUGCGAACAGACCUCCAACACCAACUAGAGGCCGCCCACAAGUAGCUAAUGAUCGGGGUUCCCUUGCUUGGAUAUAA